AUGCUGCCCGCGCAUGUGUGGAAAGUCCAAGCGCAGAUGGUCAAAUUCUCGGGAGUGACGCUGGAGUGCAUGCAAGCAUUCUUACCUACGUGGAGUGCACAGGACGAAAACGACGACGCGUCGUCCCAGCCGUCGUCGUCGUCGUCCUCGCAGUCGCCGUUCGCGUUGCCAGUGACCCAGGCCGCCGAUUUCACCGCGACGCUGUGCUUUGCGUGUGGACAGGGAGACCGCCAGCUCAUCAUGUGCACAUCUUCGUGCUUCCGGGCGUUCCACGUCGGUUGCAUCGACGAGAGCGCGGCGUUGACCCAGCGACAAGAGCGAAACCCCUAUUUUUAA